CUUUCUGAAUUCUCUCAUUCAUUUUUUUCCUUUCCUCCUUCUCAGUACUCGUUCUAUCCUCUCCCUCGCUGUCUUUCUCUGUCGGCCUAAGGGCUAUCCCAGAGUUCUCAGCAACAGGCAUCAGUGGCUGUGAAGCGAAGAUGGCGUACGGAGGUGGCUCGUUUCAAUGGAACACAACAACGGUAGUUGACGACAGCUGUGGCCGUGUCGCCGCCGGUUGCGGGGUUAGAGGCAGCAGCAAUAACAACAACAACAACACUACAACUUGGAGAGGUUACCGCUCGUCUUUUUCUACUAGCAGCGCGUUACUGGCAUCAGAAGACGAGGAAGUUGCGCUAACGCUCGAUCAAGAAGCUGCUGGUGCAGGGGACGUGACAGCAAAUAAAUCAACAGCUCCAACGCCGCCCGUUCGCUCCUCUCCUUCUUCAUGCCUUUCUUCUUCUCCUCCUCCUCCCUGUUCUUUUGCUUCUAAAACUAGUAAUUUCAUGAAUAAGAAAUCGUCCUCUCAAAGCAGCCAGGAAACAAAUUACUAUUUUCCUUCUUUUUGCUCUUCCUUUCUCUCUUUGUUCAGGUCACCUGCUGUUUCAGGUAGGCCUAGUUUUUCUCUUAACACUAUGUUUUGGUUGAUAUCAAUCGGAUUAUUACUAUUAGCUUCGGAGCGAUUGCUGGUGUCCGGACAGCGACCCCACGAACCCACGAGAAGCCGUCGACCACCCACUUCUCAAAGAGGAAGCGAUGAUGAAGACGGUUCCGUGUCUUGCUACGGCCAUCGGGGUCGGGCUAGGAAAUGUACUCCGGAUUUUGAGAAUGCCGCCUUCUCCUUGCCGGUAGAGGCGACCAACAUAUGCGGCAUGGAAGGCCCGCAGGUCUAUUGCUUACAAGUCGGGGUACGGGAUGCCUCCAAAUCCUGUCACUAUUGCGAUGCCAGGCAUGCCCAAUUUGACCAUUCCCCGCAUCUGAUGACGGAUUACGAGGGACAGGGAAACUGGACUUGGUGGCAGAGUGAGACUAUGUUGAAGGACGUCCAAUAUCCAAAUUCUGUCAACCUUACCUUACAUCUCAAGAAAGCUUUUGAUAUCACAUACGUGAGUAUACGAUUCCACUCGAGUCGUCCCGAAAGUUUUGCCAUCUAUAAAAGGACUACAGAAGAUGGUGAAUGGAUACCUUACCAAUACUACAGUUCUUCUUGUGAGCGUACCUACGGCUUACGGCCGAAAUCUAUUAUUACUGCAUAUGAUGAGUCAAAGGCAGUUUGUAGUGAUGAAUUUAGUGAUAUAUCUCCACUCUCUGGAGGCACAGUUGUCUUUAGUACUCUGGAAGGAAGACCUAGCAGUCGGAGAUUUGAUACCAGUAGAGUUUUACAGGAUUUUGUCACUGCCACUGACAUAAGGAUUACAUUGAACAGAAUAAAUACUUUCCGAGAUGAAGUAUUUGGAGAUCCACAGGUUUUACGUUCUUACUUCUAUGCCAUUUCGGAUAUUGCUAUUGGUGCUCGAUGCAAAUGUAAUGGUCAUGCUAAAGCCUGUGAAAAAACCGCUGAUAACCGUGUCCGGUGUAAGUGUGAGCACAACACUGCAGGAGUAAGCUGUGAAAAGUGCAGUAGUUUUUACAACGAUAGACCCUGGAAAAGAGCAACAGAAACUGAUGCUCAAGAGUGUCUACAGUGUAACUGCAAUGGAAAAUCUCGGGAAUGUAUUUUCAACCAAACUUUGUAUGACCAAACUGGUCAUGGUGGCUAUUGUAUCAACUGUCGGGACAACACUGCUGGACCUGCGUGUGACCAGUGCAAAGUGAACCACUUUUUGAAACAACCACAACAUAUGUGCAUGCCAUGCAAUUGUAAUCCAAUUGGUUCUGUUGAUCUUCAGUGUAAUAAUCAAGGAAAAUGCCAAUGUAAACCUGGAGUGACUGGUGACCGAUGUGAUCGGUGUCAGGCAAACUUCUAUGACUUCUCAAACUAUGGUUGCAGACCCUGCAACUGUAAGGUAGAAGGAAGUUUGAAUAACACUCCUUACUGUGAUACCGCAACUGGAAAAUGUACCUGUAAAGCAAAUGUUGAUGGCCAGAAAUGUGACAGGUGUAAAAAUGGUUUCUUUGGAAUGGAAGAAAGCAAUAAAUUUGGCUGCAUUGCCUGUUUCUGUUAUGGUCAUUCUUCCUCUUGUCAAUCUGCGAAUGGAUUCUAUGGUCGCUCAAUUCUCAGCCAGUUCAGCAAUGGAAGACAAAGAUGGAAAGCAGCUGACCGAGGAAACAGAGAAAUUCCUACUCAGUUUAAUGCAAUAACUAAGAAGAUCGGAGUGGCGGCGUCAGGCAAUGAAAUCAUUUACUUCAUGGCCCCAGAACGCUACUUACAUGACCAGCGUCACAGCUAUAACCAGUUUCUAAGCUUCAAACUCCAGACCAGUGAUGACCGUUCCAGACCCUCAAUAAUGGAUGUUGUUUUAGUUGGCAGUGAAGGUCAGACGAUAUCAACUCCAAUAUUCUCUCAGGGAAAUCCAACUCCUAAUACAAAGGAACAGACUUUCCGAUUCCGUCUCCACGAACAUCAGGAUUACAAAUGGCAACCAAGACUGCGGGCCCAAGAUUUCAUUGCUCUCCUUUCCAAUUUGACAGCCAUCAAAAUCAAAGGAACAUACAACACAGAUGGUACUGGAUUUAUUGAUGAUGUCAGGCUAGAGACUGCAGGUUAUGCAUCUGGCAAGCCAGCUUCUUGGGUAGAACAAUGUACUUGCCCCGAUGCUUACUUAGGAGAAAACUGCCAGUCUUGUUCUCCAGGCUUUAGAAGAGACCCCCCCAACGGUGGUCCUUUUGCCCGAUGUAUACCAUGUGUUUGCAAUGGUCACUCUGAUGAUUGUGACGUUAAUACUGGUCGUUGUAUCUGCAAGCACAACACUGCUGGCCGUAACUGUGAACAAUGUUUGGAAGGUUUCUAUGGUGAUGCCAAAGGUGGAACCCCAAAUGACUGUAGAUCCUGUCCCUGUCCUAAUAAUGGCACCUGUACACAGCUUGACGAUAAAAGUGUUCAUUGUACAAACUGUCCAGAAGGUUAUGGAGGUGAUCUAUGCCAAGUUUGUUUGGAUGGUUACUAUGGUGAUCCAACAGGACGUUAUGGUCCUCGUACUACUUGCAAGCCUUGUCCUUGCAACGGCAACAUCGAUUUGAAUGCUGUGGGUAACUGCAACAGGACCACAGGUGAAUGUUUGAUAUGUCUUCACAACACUGCUGGCUUUUACUGCGAAAGAUGUUUACCCAAUUAUUAUGGUGAUGCCCUUGCUUUGCCAAAGGGACAAUGUAAAGCCUGUAAUUGUAAUCCCAAAGGAAUCCUUCACACUGGAAUGUAUUCUUGUGAUCCAAGAAAUGGACAGUGUCCAUGUCAGCUUCAUGUUGAAGGACUCAAAUGUGAUAGAUGUGCACCUGGCUACUGGAAUUUAGAAAGUGGAAAUGGUUGUGAAUCUUGCCGUUGCAACUCAAUCGGUUCGCUGGAAAGCGAAUGUGACCACGGCACAGGCCAGUGUAAAUGUAAAAAUAACAUUGUCGGCAAGCGAUGUGGUAAAUGCUUACCUUAUCACUAUGGAUUUUCAGUUGAUGGCUGUAAACGUUGUCAGUGUGAUCCCCUUGGUUCCUAUGACCAGCAAUGUGAUGACAAAGGGGCCUGCAAAUGUCGUCCAACAACUACAGGGGACAGAUGUGACCGGUGUCAAGAAAACAAGUAUAACAUCACUGCUGGUUGUAUUGAUUGUCCACCAUGUUACAAUUUGGUCCAGCAACAAGUAAACGAACACCGCAAGCACCUGGAGGAGAUGCGUAAUUACACAGAGGUCAUUAAAACCAGCCCACAAGCUUUCAACGAUUCACAGUUUCUUACGCAUAUGAAGAAAGUCAGUGAUUCAGUUGAGAAAUUAAUCAAUGAUGCUCGUCGUAUCAGUCGAACAAAUAGUACUUUUGGUAAGCAGUUGGACGAUUUAAAGAACGCCAUUUCGGACAUCAUGGACAAAUGUGGUAUGAUAGCUGGUAGUGUGGAAGCUGCUGACAAAGAUAUUCGUCGCACACAAGACUUCAUUACAGAAGCACAAGAUGCUAUAAGACGGGCUGAGAGAGAGAUAGCCAGAGCUUCUGAUUACAUCGACAAUGAAGGCCAAACGGCACUGAAACAAGCUCAGCUUGCCACCACGAAGUUUGGAACCCGCUCUGACAAAAUGAAAAGUAUUGCAGCCAGAGCCAUGCUAACUGCUAAACAACAGAUGAGUGAUGCCAAAGAAACAGAGGAAAAUGCAAAUGAAGCUUUGAAUAUUUCAAGAGAUGCUCUUCAAACUACGAAGGAUCUGUAUCGAUUCCCUGAGAGAUUGGCCAAUGAAAUCAGUAGGCUUAAUUCCAUGAAUGAAAAUAACAAAAAUCUGAUGCAUCAGACGGAGAUCUUAUCCAAAAAUGCCAAAAUGAAGGCCGAAGACGCAUUAAACAAAGCUUUGGAAAUAAAUACAAAAAUUGCUCGAUUUAACAUUUCUAACGUCAAUGUGGAUCACUUAGUUACGGAGGCUGAAAAAAUCAAGCAAGAGGCUAAUGAAAUUCAGAAGUCUCUACAAGAAACAUUGACUGCAAACAAUGACAUGUUGAAUGAUGUUGAUGAAGAGAAGAGGAAGGCAAAUCUUCUCUAUGAAGAUGCUUUAAACAAGCAACAGGAAACAGAUAAGUUGAUGUCAGACAUUUUCAAGGCUAAUUCAAAAGCUAAGGAAGCUGUAGAAAAAGGUGAAGCUAUUCUAAAAGAAGCUCAAGAAACCCUGAAAACUCUCAAGGACUUUGAUAGAAAUGUGGCAGACAAUAAAAAGAAAGCAGAGAAGUCUUUAACUAAAGUUGGUGACAUCAAAAAAAUGAUUCGGCAAGCGGAAGCGAAAACGGCUCAGUCUCAGACUGCUCUUCUAGGGGCUGAAGAUGAUGCUAAAGAAGCACUUGAUAAAGCAAAAGAAGCACAAGACAUGGCUGGGGAAGCUUCCAAGGAUGCUGACAAGUUUUUGAAAGAAUCUCAAGCUAUUGAAACCCGUGCAAAUUCAAUCGCUAGUGUAACUGAUUCUUUAUCAGAUCAAGUAAAUAAAAUGAAUUCGUCUGUAAAUUCCAUGAAAGACAGUUCAGAAGAAGACACGGAUGCAGUGAACAACGCUGCUGCAAAAGCAAGUCGCGCAAAGGACAAUGCAGAUGAGGCGCUAAGCAAAAUUAGAAAAGCUCUUGACACUGUCAAUGAAAUAAACACUGUUCUUGAUAAUCUUGAUUCACAGAAAAUCAACACCACGCAUUUAGACAUUCUUGAACGAAAAAUCAUCAGUGUUGAAGAUUUGAUGAAGUCAAAUGACAUAGACAACCAGAUGAAGAUGAUAACAGACGCAUUGAAGAGGCUGACAGAGUCAGAAGAUACUUUCACUCGAGAUCUUGCUCAGUUAAGAGCUGAUGUUAAAAAUAUUGAAGAUAUCAAUAAUUCCUUACCGAAAGGGUGCUUCAAGCCCCUGAAUCUCGAAAAAACUAAAUAGGUGAGUUCAGAGGAGAAAGACAUGAAGCAAAAUAAUAAUAAUAAUAAAAAUAAUAAUAAUUAUAAUGAUAAUAUUAAUAAUGAUAGACCAAUAUCAAUUGUGACAUUAUCAAAAAUAAAAUAACAACAACAAAAAAAAACCCCCAGCAGAUAUGAAUGUUUUAAAAUGAGAGAAAAAAAAAUAUAUGUUAAAAAAAAAAAAGCAAAUGAAGAAAUAAUGUGUUUGACUUUCUGCAUGAUUUCCGGCUGCUGGGAUGAAACUGCAGUCUUUAAAUAUGAUACAUAUUUUGCAUAAAAUUUGCAUACACACACUAAGAAAAAUCACACAUACAUAUAGACACUAACAGACACGUUCAUGCCAUUCACAAACACAUACAGGGAAAUGUGUUUAAAUUUGGAUCAGUGGAGAUGAAAAUUAGAGAAAAGCAAAAAAAUGAAAGAAGAAAUUUAUCUUUGUUUUUCUUUCUUCCUUCCUUCCUUCCUUUCUUUUCUGUUUUCUUUGGCAUUAAAUAUUUCUUAAUCCAAUCAUUUGGUUCAUUAAGACACUUGUUGACACCUAGCUUACAAUUUAUUUCAUAUAACAGCAGAAAACAGAAGAGAUAUUAAAAAAAAAUAAUAAAAAAAAAACUGAACAAUAUAUAGGAUCGUCUACCAAACUCUAACCAUCAAUUGUUAGUGCAGAAAAGCAUGGAGAGAGAAAAAAAACAACCAAAAUAUAACAACAAAUACUAU